AUGUUCAUUAAAAACGACCACGCUGGUGACAGAAAACGUUUAGAAGACUGGAGAAUCAAAGGUUACGAUCCAUUAACCCCACCAGAUCUUCUUCAACAUGAAUACCCAAUUUCCUCUAAAGGUGAAGAAAACAUUGUUAAGGCAAGAGACUCCGUCUGUGAUAUUUUGAAUGGUAAAGAUGACCGUCUUGUCAUCGUCAUCGGUCCAUGUUCCCUACAUGAUCCUAAAGCUGCUUACGAUUAUGCCGACAGAUUGUCUAAGAUUUCCGAAAAGUUGUCAAAGGACCUAUUGAUUAUUAUGAGAGCUUACCUAGAAAAGCCAAGAACUACUGUUGGCUGGAAAGGUUUAAUUAAUGAUCCUGAUAUGGACAACUCUUUCCAAAUCAAUAAAGGUCUACGGAUCUCCAGAGAGAUGUUCAUAAAACUGGUUGAAAAGUUGCCGAUUGCCGGUGAAAUGUUGGAUACCAUCUCUCCACAGUUCUUAAGUGAUUGUUUCUCCUUGGGUGCCAUCGGUGCCAGAACCACUGAAUCCCAACUGCACAGAGAGUUGGCAUCUGGUCUAUCUUUCCCUAUUGGGUUCAAAAACGGUACCGACGGUGGUUUACAAGUCGCCAUCGAUGCUAUGAGAGCCGCUGCUCACGAACAUUAUUUCCUUUCUGUUACAAAGCCUGGUGUCACUGCCAUCGUAGGUACCGAAGGUAAUAAGGAUACUUUCUUGAUUUUGAGAGGUGGUAAGAACGGUACUAACUUUGACAAAGAAAGUGUUCAAGACACCAAACAACAAUUGGAAAAAGCCGGUUUAACCGAUGACUCCCAAAGAAGAAUUAUGAUUGAUUGUUCUCACGGUAACAGUAAUAAAGAUUUCAAGAAUCAACCAAAGGUUGCCCAAUGUAUCUAUGACCAACUGACCGAAGGCGAAAGCAAUUUGUGUGGUGUUAUGAUCGAAUCAAACAUAAAUGAAGGUAGACAAGAUAUUCCUAAAGAAGGUGGAAGAGAAGGCUUGAAAUACGGUUGCUCUGUUACUGAUGCUUGUAUUGGUUGGGAUAGUACCGAGGAAGUUUUGGAGUUAUUGGCAGAAGGUGUCAGAAACAGAAGAAACGUCCAAAAGAAAUAA